AUGAUUCUCAUCGAGGCCGAUCCGUCUGCUUCCAGAUCGCUCCCUUUCACGCUCUGUGACCGGUUCUUUCCAGCCAGAUCUUCCUCCGGACGUUCCGCCUUGUCUGCGGAAGCAGACAUCGCGGACGACAGCUCUUGCGCGGACGCCGCCCGCGCGGGCAUGGGGGCGGCGGACGGAGCGCAGGCGGCGGAACGGUUAGCGCAGUUAGGCCCAGUUGUCAAGGGAACGGUUGUGAAUGAAACGUUGGGCGCGGAGAUGGGACUGGUUAUAGGAGGUGUUGAUGGUGAUGGUGGUGAUGGUGGUGGUGGUGGUGGUGGGAGUAAGGCCGGAAAUGCCACGGGUUUUGCGUCGCUAACGCGUGGAGCUGAUGACGGGGGAAGGAACGGAACGGCUGGUGCUGCUGCCGCAGCUGAAGCAGCCACGGCAGCAACUGCUGCGAGGGUGGCAAACGCCGGGAUGACGGGAGUUAGCGGCGCUUCCGGCGGAAAUGCCACGUGUCGAAGCGAUGGACCCGGUUCUGCUGCAAGGCCGGAGCGUAUUAGCGAAAGAGCGAGCAGCGGGGGAGGGGUGAGCAGCAGCGGACGAGCCAACGGGUUGGAGCGGGAGAACGAGGCGAGGAGGAAGGUUGACGGGCGAGAGGGGAAGAAAGGGCGCAGGAUCAGCGGCGGCACACGCGGACAGCGCGGAGAGAUGCGCGGAGGGAGAAGUGACCGAGAAUCUGUCGGGGGUGAGGCAGCUGGCGGAGAGAGGGAGGCGCAAAGGGGGAAAGUGGGGGGAGAGGCUGGGGCAAGUAGCCGAUUGGCGGACGAAGGCGGAGCGGAGCUGGACGGGCGGACGGACGGGCGCGUGGAGCGGGGGGGAAUAGAUCUGCGGAUGGAUGAGCGGAAUGACGUGCGCCAAGGGGAAGCGCAGUGGGAGGGGGCAAGGAAAGGGGAAUCAGGGACCGCCGGAGGAGGGAUGAAGGCUGAACAAAUGGAACGAGCAGCGAUGGGCGUGGCGAUGGGGGUGAGAGGAGGCGAUAUGGGUGUUGGUGAAGGGGGAGGGUGUGGGGGAGUGAAGCGGAGGGGGAGCGAGGUGCAGGAGGCGGUGGGGUUGUGUGGCGUGGAGGAGAGCAUGCAAGACGCGGAGAUCUUAUUCGCUGCUGCCAUGCGCGCUGUCAAUGAAAUGCAGCUUGCCGCCUCCUCCGCCCCCGACUCUCCCUUCGCCCCGUUCUCUCCCCUCUCUGCCGCAGCGUCUCUCCCUACCAACCCUGCUACUGCUACUGUCGCCGCCGCCGCUGCUGCUGCUGCUGGUGGUCCUGCUCCUCCUCCUGCGGCUGCUGCUCCUGGCGGUGUUGCUGCAUCGAUUCUUGAACCAGCCACUGCUUCCAGAGCUGCCGCGUUCACAGCAGGUUCCCCUGCAUCCGCACCUGCUGCCCUUGCCGGUCCGUAUGGUUCGUACCCGUAUCCAGCACCCACUGCACCACCAUCGUCUGCUGGCCUUUCGUCUGGCAGCCCGUCGCUAGCCAGCAGCAGCAGUCAGGGCACGGGUGGCACGGGUUCCGCCCCUGGGAGCUCCCAGACGCAAGCUCGCAGCGUGCAUCCGUAUAACAGCCUGUCGCCCGACGCGUCUGUAGGCGAUGCGCUGUUUUACACGCCCCCCUCGCUCUCUUUGGAUGGUCUCGGCCGCCGCUCCGCGUCCGGAGGGGCCAGAAGGGGGGGUGGUGACGUGGGAGCGAGAGGAGCCACUGCCGCGAUGGCUGCGGUGGCGGCAGCGGCGGCGUUGGCAGCGGGAGUGGGCGGGGCAGGGGGGGGACUCCCGUCUAUUCUGCGGAAAAGGCGCCGUCGCAGCGAUUCGUUUCUCAUGGUCAGCCCCUCGAAAAUAGCGGCUGCGGCAGCAGCUGCUGCACGAGCAGGACGAGGAGCAGGAGUAGGAGGAAGGGGAGCAGAUUUACUUGCAGCAGCAGCGGCAGGGUCAGGAACAAGACCAGGAGGGGAGGAAAUGGGGCAUGAGAGGCAAGAGAGUCACGAGAGGCAGCAAGCAGGGGCAUCAGAGGGCGCAUACAUGGACCAAAGGGAAUCUGACGGGGGCUGUGCACUGGAUGGGUCGAUUCAAGCCUCUCCGCUUCCACUCUUCCCUGCACAGCCCACUUCCGCGCUCGCUACUGCUGCUCGUGCUCCUGCUGCUGCCGGUCCAGUGCCAUCACACUCGCUGUUGUCAAACCCAGUGGUGUCGCACUGGCCUAGUAUGGGCUCUGAUCGCAGCAGCGAAGCUGCUAAUAACGUUGCAGCUUCCGCCGCCGCCGCCGCCGCUGCUGCUGCUGCUGCUGCUGCCAAUGCUGCUGCUGCUUCUUACGGAGAAGAUAUGGUGGUGGAAACGCAACAGAAUGCAGCGGAGCGAGAGGGGGGUAAGAGCAGUGGGUCAAGAGGUAAAGGGCAGCAUGGGGAGGGGAAGGGCAGGCGUGUGAAGGGUGGGGACGGGUUGAAGAAGAAGAGUAAGAAGAGGGAGAACGGGGGAGGUGGGACUGCAGCUGCUGGUGACUCUGGUAAUGCGGCUGCUAGUGCUGACGCUAGUGCUGGUGGUGCUGCUGAUGCUGCUGCUGCUGCUGCUGCUGCUGCUGCUGCUGCUGCUGCUGCUGCUGCUGCUGCUGCUGCUGCUGCUGCUGCUGCUGCUGCUGCUGCUGCUGCUGCUGCUGCUGCUGCUGCUUCUGCUUCUGCUGCUGCAGCGACUGGUGCUGGUGAUAUGGCAGAGUGUAUGGAAGCGAGCUCGAUAGACUGGCUUCACCGUGUGCCUAGCACCAGGAACCACCCAGCAGCUGUUACCAUUACAGCGCACGCUUCACCUGCCGCCGAAGCUGCUACUUCUGAUACCGCUGCUUUUGCUGCUGCUGCUCCUGCUGCUGCUCUUGCUGCUGCUGCUGCUUCUCCUGCUGUUGCUGGUGCAGCAGGAAAGCAUUCUCCCCGCACCUUCUCAUCCCCACCGCCGUCCCUCUUCCGCCCUGUGGCCAUGUCAGCAACCUUGAAGUUGCCACCAACAACAGCACAGCCAGCUGGCUUACAGUUUGCAGCGGCUCAACAAGCAGCAGAGGCUGGUAUGGCCCAACUAGAAGCAGCAGCAGCAGCAGCAGCAGCACAAGUAGCAGCAACGCCACCACCCAACACCAGAAGAGCAGGAGCGGGAGCAGGGUGGGGAGUGGACGCAAUGGAUGUUGUGGGAGCGACAAUAGGGGCAGUGGGAGAAGUGGGAGCAGGAAUGGGAGGCGGAGGGGCAGCAAGCAACCAGAGCGUGCAGUUCUCUCCGCUGGGCCCUGCCUUUGCAGCACUCAGUGUGGCAGCAUCACCUGCCAGACCGUCCUCGCUUCUGAAGCCCCAACCGCUGCCCCACCAUGAGACGCACAUGGCGCACGCUCUCUCUGUGCCUCCAGAAGCCUUUUCCUCCCCGCCCUUCCGCCUGCGACGCCGCCUCAUCGAUCCUUCCUCCUCCUCACGACCCUACUCGCCGGCACCCUGCAUCCCUUCCCACCAGCACCUCUCUCACCCCUCCUGCAUCCCUCCUCUCUCACCAGCCCCUGCGUCUGCGUCUGCCUCUGCCUUGGCAACUGGGCCUGCCUUUCCUGCUCUAGCAGCAGCAGCAGCAGCAGCAGCAGCAGCAGCAGCAGCAGCAGCAAUAGCUGGAGCCACCUCUUCUGCUCCACUUGCCGUUGUCUCCUCUCCCGCUCGCCUCGCAUCCCCUGCGUCAAUCUCAUCUCCCCCCAUCCACGUACGAUGUUAUGGUCACGAGCCCUGUGCGGCCCUCGCACCCACCGCAUCCCCUCUCCAUCCUCUCUGCUCACAUGCCACCAUGGGACGCGGCUCGUGGCAUGGCAUGGGGGAUUACGAGCGCAAUGGGUAUGGGAACGGCAUGGGCUCUACUGCGUAUGGUGAGACUGUGAGUGCGAUGGCUGGUAUCACAGGAGGGGCAGACCCACCAGUAGGAGACAUGCAAGGGGGAGGUGGAGGAGCGGGCGGAGGGGGGGGAGGGGGAGGAAGGGGGGGAAGAGGUGGUGGGCCAGUAGGCAGAGGAGGAGGGCCACGAGAAGCAACAGGAGCUGCUGCAGUAGCGGCAACAGCCGGGGGUAGUCCUGGGCCUGCUAGGCCCACGUAUGUGCACAUGAGAACAGGCAGAGGAGGAGCAGGUGGCCGAGGCGGAGGCCGAAAAGGCAGCAUGCUAGGUGGAGAAAAGAAGGGUGGGCAGUAG